UGAGGCCGCCGCCCCCCUCAGCGGGGCGCUCCCGAGCCGCCCCCCCCCCUCCGGAGCCUUCCUCCUCCUCCUCCUCCUCCUCCUCCUCCUCCUCCUCCUCCUCCACCUCCUCGUCCACCCGCAGCGGGGCCGCAUCCUGCUGCCGGGGGGCGGACUUGAUGCGCAGACCCCGCGCAGCACCAUGCAGCCCCCGCCGAGGAAGGUGAAAGUCACACAAGAGCUAAAAAACAUUCAGGUUGAGCAGAUGACAAAGCUUCAGGCCAAGCAUCAGGCAGAAUGUGAGCUCCUCGAAGAUAUCAGAGCAUUCAGUCAGAAAAGAGCUGCAAUUGAGAAAGAAUAUGCACAGAGCAUUCAGAAGCUGGCUAGCCAAUACUUAAAGAAGGACUGGCUGGGAAUAAAAGCUGAUGAGCGAGCUGAUUAUAGGAGCAUGUACUCAGUCUGGAAAUCGCUUUUAGAAGGCACAAUGCAAGUGGCCCAAUCCCGGCUCAAUAUCUGCGAGAACUAUAAAAACUUAAUUUCCGAACCAGCCAGGACUGUAAGGUGCUUUAAGGAACAGCAGCUGAAAAAGUAUGUGGACCAGCUGACAAGGAUCCAAGCUGAAUUACAAGAGACAGUAAAAGAUUUAGCUAAAGGCAAAAAGAAAUAUUUUGAGACUGAACAGAUGGCUCAAGCAGUACGGGAGAAAGCUGAUAUUGAGGCCAAGUCUAAACUUAGUCUUUUUCAGUCAAGAAUAAGCUUGCAAAAGGCAAGCGUAAAGUUAAAAGCACGACGAUCGGAGUGUAAUUCAAAGGCUAUCCAUGCAAGGAAUGAUUAUCUUCUCACUUUAGCAGCUGCUAAUGCACACCAAGAUCGCUAUUAUCAAACAGACUUAGUAAACAUUAUGAAGGCUCUUGAUGGAAACGUGUAUGAUCACCUUAAGGAUUAUUUAAUGGCAUUCAGCAGGACUGAACUCGAGACGUGCCAAGCUGUACAAAACACAUUCCAGUUUUUACUGGAGACUUCCAGCAGGGUGGUGCGGGACUACAAUCUACAGCUGUUUUUACAGGAGAACUCAGUGUUUCACAAACCCCAGCCCUUCCAGUUCCAACCAAGUGACAGCGACACUAGUUUUAACGCGGUUCAGCUGGUGGACAUUGAGCCCUCACCUGUCAGUGCUAUGCGAAUGACUAUAGCAGAGAGUCGACAACUGGAAUCGGAAACUGGAACAACCGAAGAGCACAGCCUCAACAAGGAGGCUCGGAAAUGGGCUACCCGGGUAGCCCGGGAACAUAAAAACAUCGUCCACAGUCAGCGGACGCUUGAAGAGCUAGAAUGCCAUGGGCCUGUGAUGUCUGAGCAAACCCGAGCAGAACUGGAGCAGAAAAUAGAUGAAGCCAGAGAGAGUAUUCGCAAGGCUGAGAUAAUUAAGCUGAAAGCAGAAGCCCGCCUCGACCUGCUGAAGCAGAUCGGCGUCUCUGUGGAUACGUGGCUAAAAAGUGCAAUGAACCAAGUGAUGGAAGAACUGGAAAACGAGCGCUGGGCGAGUCUUCCCUCGGUGACCAACAACGGCUCUUCGCACCUGAUUAAUGCUGAUGCAGAAAAAGAAGAAGGUGAAGAGUUUGAAGACAGCAUGGAUGUUUUUGAUGACAGCAGCUCUAGUCCUUCUGGUACACUAAGAAAUUAUCCUCUCACCUGCAAAGUUGUUUAUUCGUAUAAGGCUUCGCAGCCGGAUGAGUUGACCAUAGAGGAACACGAGGUGUUGGAGGUUAUUGAAGACGGCGAUAUGGAAGACUGGGUAAAGGCACGGAAUAAAGCGGGCCAGGUGGGUUAUGUUCCAGAGAAGUACCUGCAGUUCCCGACAUCGAGCAGCCUGCUGAGCAUGCUCCAGUCCCUUGCAGCACUGGAUAGUCGAUCACACACCUCAAAUAAUUCAACGGAGGCUGACUUAGUCUCAGGCAGCCUGAAUGGAGACUCCAGUGUCUGUUUUGUAAAAGCACUUUAUGACUAUGAGGGCCAGACAGAUGAUGAGCUGUCCUUCCCAGAAGGAGCGAUCAUCCGCAUCUUGAACAAGGAGAAUCAAGACGAUGAUGGGUUUUGGGAAGGAGAAUUCAAUGGACGUGUCGGGGUAUUCCCAUCAGUGUUAGUUGAAGAGCUUACAGCCUCAGAAAAUGGAGAGACUCAGUGGAUUGGAGAUAUUCAGGUAUCCCCAACUCCGAAGCCCAAUAACGCCCUCCCGCCGCUGCCGCUGUACGACCAGCCUCCCACUAGCCCCUACCAUAGUCCAGAUAAAAGAGGUUCCCAGUACUUCCCCAGAUCGCCGUCAACUAACGAAAACAGCUUCAGCUCAGAGUCCCCUGGAUUCUCACAGCCUCCGCGACUUCCUCCUGAAACUUCAUACGGCAAACUGCGACCUGUGCGAGCAGCUCCACCGCCCCCUACGCAGCAUCAUCGCCGGACAACAGAGAAGAUAGAGGACGUGGAAAUUACUCUGGUGUAACGAGCGGACUAGUUGAGUAGUAGUGCUACAAUCAAGGCCGAACGCGGUAUUUGGUCAAUCUCGUUUUUAGGCACCUUUGCAUGAUGAAGACUUUGAAUAGAGCAAGAGAUAGGGAGGAUUUUCUGUGACAGUGACAUGGUGGAUUCCUUCCCACGGUCAUGAAUAUUUUGUGCCUUUUUUUUGUUUUGAUUUCUAGACAUCAUUCUUCCUCUCUUAGCACAAACCAAGACGGGCCAAACAGCGAGCAGAGGAUUGCCUUGGAGCAGGUUUCUCUCUUGGCUGAAGAUGGUCAAUUUUUAUACGGAGGCCGAGGGAAGAGCCUCGUUCAUGCAACUUAGUCAUAGCAUACUUCUAUCACGUGCAUUAGUACAGUAUAUUACUGUUGCCAUAGGAAUGUGUUAAAGAUCGUCAAUUCUUCAAGUAGCAUUACUUGUCUGAUUAGGUAUUAAUCAGAUCUUGUGGAACGAGAAAGGGAACUGAAAAAAUAAGUAUAAGGAGAGGCUGGCUCCUCUUUACUCCCCUUGAGGAAGGAAGAAACAGGAAAAUAAUCUUAUAGAUACGGAAAACUGAUGCAGAUCAUAUGGCGUUAAUUACAUUAAUGCACACCUCUUCAAUAAUUAACAGUUAAACAGAACUAAAUGUUCUUUGUAUUAAUAUUUAUGCAGUACAUUUAGUAAUAGAGUAUCUAAUAUGGAGGUGCUGAAUUAGUAGCAACAUCUUGUUCCAUAGCAUAAACCAACCGGUAGGAAAGUAAGUGAGAUUUUGUCUAGAUCUGGAAAUUGAGCUUCAUUUUUUUUUCUUAGCAGAUUUUUUUUUUUGGUUUUGUUUUCUUUUUUUCUUUUUUUAAAGUAUUUGGGUCACUCUUAUCCCAGUUAUUGCCGUGUACUUUAUUAUCCAACAUUAGCAAUGUAUCUUUGUCAUCAAAAGAUCUGGCUAGAGUUAGAAGUUACAUUUAGAGUAUUUACAUGCAUUAUUUAGUUCUUGCAUUGGAUGGUCCUGUAGUGUUCUCCCACCUGAAGCCCGUUAACUAGCCAAAGCCAGAGCCAGGAAAGCCUCUGGUUUUUUCCAAGCCUUCAGACUGCCUUUGUGGCCAAGAGGAGCACAACAGACCAUGGUCGCAAAUUACUCUUAGGCGACAAGUAGAGAGUAAAAGAAUUUCAAAGCUAGGUUUAAGUCAGAGAUCUCUGGGAAGGAAGCUUUUUGUUGGUGGUUGGAUGAAAAGGGAAGAGGGUGUUCAGAGCUGUAACACGAAGAGGAGAGGGGAAAACCAGGUGAAAGCAGGUUUUUCUUCAGAUGUGAUUCCUAAAUUGCUCUCAGAAUAGCAAUAUCCAUUGGAUCAAAGCUGAAAGGCAUCACAAGGUUGUUGUUUUUGAGCUGUUAUAUGGGCUCUAGUGAACGCGCUCUUAUGUGUUCAUUUUUUUUUCCAAGCCAGUAAAUCGUCUACCUUUAGUUUACUAACAAGGGCUAUUUUUUGAGGCUGCAUUUACAAAAAUCAUCUAACAAGAUUUUAUCAUAAACUUUGCACAUACUUGUAAAUCCCAACCCAAGCUGGGUCUCUGAGACAUUCGUAUUUGCCAAUCUCCUUUCCCAGUGGGAUCUUUAACCAAGAGUGGGGCUGUUUGAAGAAAAAAUUCAUUGAUCAGUUAUGAAAUCUGUGACUGUCCAAUGAAGUCUUUUCCAUAUUUUUCAUUCUUUUGCACCUCUUGUCCUGUUGAUCUGUUCGAGGUCUUUUUAUGUGUUUAUCAAACUUGUUCUUAAGUUUAAAAAAAAAAAGUUUUUAAAAAGAUUUAACUGUUUGCAAAAAUUUUGAAAGCUUCACAAUGCAGAAGAAAAGCAAGUUUUGCCAUAAUGUUCAUGUUCAAUUUCUUUGGCCAGUUUUUUCUGUGUCCUUCAUACCUGGACUUUCAAAAUUCAGAAAGUGUUAUUUAAAGUCUCUUUAGUUGUAUUUUAAAAUAUUUUCUGUAAGAGCUGCUAAUUUUAUUUAAAAAAAAAAAAGUUGUAAAAUAUGCCUCCUUUUUAACUAUGAUUUCUUCAUACAGGGCAUGUAUUCGACGUAUCAUCAUGUACAGCGUCAGUACACUGAAAGCAUGGGUGCAAAUGCUUUCUUUAUAUUGGCUGUAAAAAGUUUGUAUUUAUUAUGUAUAAAAAGUUGAAUAAUAAAAAAGUGGAACUAAA